AUGUCAUACACCCAAAUACCUUUUCACCCUCCCGAUCAGCUGGCUCAAGCCCUCGGAGUCUCCACAUCGUGCAUCUGGUCCGGCUCCGCGCUCGAACAAGGGCUCAACGCGGGCUGGCUCGCCAUUCGCCUGACGGACGAGCAGUCCCAAAGCCCUCUUUCUUCGGACGGUAUCUGGUCCACCAGCAUGAGAAAUCCCAAAGCCAAGCAAGACACCAUGCGCUACUGGCAGACUAUACACAAAGAGUGUACGGAUCCUCAAAAGGGCUUCUUUCGUCGGUGGGGGACCGUCAAGAGCAUGCUGCGGCAUACUGAGGGAGGCUUUACGGAUUGGAACCCAGACGCUCAUGCGUCAGAGUGGAUAUCGCUUUCGGCAAACUUUGACUGGAUCAUCUACCAGAUAGCAUACCGGCUGCUGCACUUGGGCCGUCCUUGGGUGGUCAUGAGCAUCGUCCGCCUUCCCGCUGGAGAUGCCAACGGCAGUACCCUCAUCAUCGGUGAUCCCCUUCAAGCGGCCUUGAACAAGGGCGACUACUUUCAAGGCCGCCAGGGACUGAAUUUUGCCCAGCGGUUCGACGAGAGACUGGCGUAUAGGCGAAUCCCAAAGAGGUAUAUUGAACAGAGCGUAAUAUUUACGGCUCUUCAUCUCCCCUUGAAGCUACAGCCAAAAUACCUCAGGGACAACUACAAGUGGUCUCCCAACAAGAACCCCAGAUGGGCCAAUAAUACUUCUUUCGACCCUCACACCAAUACAUUCAGUGAAGUGAUGAACCAGAUUGAUGAUCGAGAGUAUACGAUUCAGCAAAGAAGGCACGGUCGAGGGUAUCGAGGGUAUCGAUGA